AGAUUUUCCACACCCUUUAAAAAGUUGUUUGGCACCCUUGCUUACCUAAACAACGUUACCUAGCCUUGCGUAACGGUUUAGUAUUUACGCUUUGUUUUGGUUCUCCGAAACUGAUAGAAGUUUAGAUACGUUGAGUCUGAGAUGGCAUCUAGCUUCAGAAAAACCAGUGCAGCUGCAGUUCAGAGGAAGAAAGCAACUGCCAAACAGGAACUGACGGAGGAACAGAAGCAGGAGAUCCGAGAGGCGUUCGAUCUGUUUGACACUGAUGGUUCUGGCACUAUUGAUGUUAAAGAGCUUAAAGUUGCUAUGCGCGCUCUCGGUUUUGAGCCAAAGAAGGAGGAAAUCAAGAAGAUGAUUGCUGACAUUGAUAAAGAAGGCUCUGGCACCAUUGACUUCAAUGACUUUCUGUCCAUGAUGACGCAAAAAAUGAGUGAAAAAGAUUCAAAGGAAGAAAUCCUGAAAGCUUUCAGAUUGUUUGAUGAUGACGGAACAGGCAAAAUUUCAUUCAAAAAUCUCAAACGAGUUGCAAAGGAGCUUGGUGAAAACCUGACAGAUGAGGAAUUACAGGAAAUGAUAGACGAGGCAGACAGAGACGGAGAUGGAGAAAUCAAUGAACAGGAGUUCUUACGGAUAAUGAAGAAGACUAACCUGUAUUAAAUUUUCUCUUUUUCUCUGCUCCACUUUCUUCUUGCUCUUGUUUUUUUAUUCAGUGUCGUUUUCAGAUCAUUUGAUCAAAAUCUGAAACAAAGAACCUGAAUUUUCUGUCCUUUUUGCAGCAUUUUUGAAAAAUGUAUAUGUCUUAUUUUUUUUUCAUUCAUAAGCCUUGUAAAAUAAUUUAAUCUAUAAACAUUUUGUAUAAUUCUGAAUAAAUGGUUUUGACUAAA